CAGAUGGGUCCCUGCACUGACCUGCUCUAGCCACAGACAUGGCCCAGGUGCAGACUCUGGUUCUGGAUGUUCCCGAGGCCCCAGAGGACCAGGGCCAGGAGCCCAGCCCCUACGAUGAGGAUGAGGUCCACGACUCCUUCCAGCAGCUCCUUCAGGAGCAAGGCCAGUGGGCAGCUGAAGAGGGUCUGGAGCUGCAGUCCAGGAGGACCUCAGAGGGAGCCGAGGAAACACCCCUGGGCCCUGAGGACAGCUCGGGGUACAGCGCGGCCACACUCCGCAUCCUGGCCAGCAUGCCUAGCCGCACCAUCGGCCGCAGCCGGGGGGCCGUUAUUUCCCAGUACUACAACCGCACCAUCAAGCUGCAGCGGACCCGCCGGCCUCGACUGGAUCGCUCCACCAGGCCCAGUCUCCGCUCCUACGACCUGGAGUUGGACCCCGCGGCCCGUGAGGAGGAGGAGAAGCGGCUCCUGCUGGCCCAGGAGCUGCAGGGUCUGGCCCCUGCCCAGCGCGCACAGAUGCUCCGGGCAAUGCCCCUGAGUCUGGCCGAGAAGCGCCGCCUGCGGGAGGAGAGCUGGACCUCAUCGGGGAAGCCACAGGCCCGGCCAGGUCCUUGCAGCCUCUCCUGCUGCGACCCAGUGUGCGAUGCCUGUGUUCUGGCCUCUCCCGAGUUGUGGUGCCGGCGUGUGCUGACCCCCUGGCGCUCCCCGCUCAAGCGCAUUGCCGCCCACUUUGGCUCCGGUGCUCUGAGUUACUUCGUCUUCCUUAAGACCCUGCUACUGCUCAACUCACUGCUGCUGCUGCCACUUGGCUGCCUCGUGGCCCUGCAGGCCGCCUGCCCGCCCCCUGCGCCCCCAGUCCGGCCCCGAUUCACCAGCCUGGAGCUCCUCACCGGAGGGGGCUCCUUCACCCACUCUCUCAUGUACUACGGCUACUACAGCAACAGCUCCCUCAGCCAGUCCUGCACGCGCCCCACGAACCACAGCCGCACCUCCCCGGACCUGGGGACCCUGCCCCCCAACAUGCCUCUGGUCUACCUCCUCUCUGUGGGGACCACCUUCUUACUCACCUGCAUCACCCUGGUGUACAGCAUGUCCCGCUCCUUCGGGGAGAGCUACCGGGUAGGCAGCACCUUGGGUGUUCACGCCCUCACCGCCUUCUGCUCCUGGGACCACAAGGUGACUCAGAAGUGGGCGUGCCAACUGCAGCAGGACAACAUCCGGACUCACCUAAAGGAGCUGCUGGCUGAGUCUCGUCUGGGGCACGGGCCCCACGGUUUGUGCAGGCGACUGCGCAGGCUGCUGAUCCAGGGUCUAAUAUGGCUGCUGUGUGUGGGCGUCAUAAUGGGCUGCACCGUGGCCAUUUACACCUUCUCUGAGUUCAUGCUCAAGCCCCUCUCCCUGCAGAGCCCCAUGUCGGCCCAGCAAGAGAGUCGGCUGCUGGCCCUGCCCCUGGUGGUCUGUCUCUUCAACCUCGCAGCGCCCUAUCUGUUCCGCGGCCUGGCCGCCCUGGAGCUGCAGGAGUCCCCGGUGCUGGAGGUGUACGUGGCCAUCUGCAGGAACCUCAUCCUCAAGAUGGUCACCUUGGGCAUUCUGUGCUACCACUGGCUGGGCCGCAGGGUGGAGGCACUGCAGGACCAGUGCUGGGAGGACUUUGUGGGCCAGGAGCUGUACCGGCUGGCUGUGAUGGAUUUCAUCUUCACGCUGCUGGACACGCUUCUCGGGGAGCUGGUGUGGAGGCUUGUGUCCGAGAAGCACCUGAAGGAGAGCAGGAAGCCCGAGUUUGACAUUGCCCGGAAUGUUCUGGAACUCAUUUACGGGCAGACCCUCAUCUGGCUAGGGGUCCUCUUCUCCCCGCUUCUCCCUGUCCUACAGAUUGUCAAGCUGCUGCUGCUCUUCUACAUCAAGAAGGCCAGCCUCAUGGCCAACUGCCAGGCACCUCGCAGGCCCUGGCUGGCCUCCCACAUGAGCACUGUGUUCCUCUCCCUGCUCUGCUUUCCUGCCUUCCUGGGCGCCGCUGUCUUCCUCUGCUUCGCAGUGUGGCAGGUGAAGCCGUCGAGCACCUGCGGGCCCUUCCGGAACCUGAACACCAUGUAUGAGGCAGGCACGGCCUGGGUGCGCCAUCUGGAGGCGGCGGGCCCUGGCGUGUCCUGGCUGCCCUGGCUGCACCACCACCUGGUGGAGGACCCCUUCCCCACCUACCUGCUGUCGGCCCUGCUCCUGGCAGUCAUCUACCUCAACAUCCAGGUGGUAAAGGGCCAGCGCACCGUCAUCUCCCUGCUCAAGGAGCAGAUCAGCAACGAGGGUGAGGACAAAAUCUUCUUAAUCAACAAGAUUCAUUCGAUCUACAAGAGAAAGGAGAGGUGCAGGUCGGAGGCUGCGGAGAUGCCGCUGGCCACAUCCCGAGAGGAUCUGGACUCCUGGUAGUGCUGUCAGCCCGGCCCUCAGUUUCUGCAGCUUCACUCGGGUCUUUCGGGGACUUGCCAAAACAGGCAAUCCUCUACUGGAUUCCGCUGGCCACCCUCCCCCUAUCCAUACCUAGGUUGCUAUUUAUUUUGAUUAAACACUUUUUCCACAAAA